CUUCUGAAACACUUACCUGAACAUGAACACCAAGGUCUUCAUUCUUCUGGGUCUGGCAGCCAUUGCUGCUGCAGACAGUUUUGAAUCCUAUGAAUAUAGGCCACCACAGAGAUAUUCCUCUGAGGAAUCCUACGAGUCCGGAGAGGCCAAGUACGACUUCCAAUGGGCCGUUAAGCACGACGACUCCGGCAACGACUUCGGACACCAGGAGGCCCGUGACGGUGAAGACACUCAGGGAUCCUACUACGUGCACCUCCCUGACGGUCGCCUCCAGACCGUGAGAUACGUCGUGGACGGUGAUGACGGCUACGUGGCCGAUGUCAACUACGAAGGCGAGGCUCGAUUCCCCGACUCCUAUGAGUCUGCUUCCUUCGAGUCCCGUGAAUACAGGCCACGAUACGUCUAUGAUUCCAACGAGUCCAAGUAAAGAUUCCUUCAAUAGUGACUUGUGGUAAAGCAUGUGAAACUAUUUAUGUAUUUAUAUAUAAACUUGCACAGUAAAAACAAUUUUUGA